AAUAGAUUUAAAAAAUAUUAAAAAAUUUCACAUAUGUAACAAAAUUAUUUUAAUUUUUUUUUUCGAUUAUAUUUUCGUGGCUAGUAUGUUAAUGUGAAUAUACUAUUAUAUUUUGCUAUUAUAAUCUUGAUUUAAGAUAUUCAAAGGGAAUGAGGACAUCAAAAGGUUGGUGAUCAAUAAAGGACUGGCACAGAAUGAUACCGUGUGUAUAGCUAUCUGCUUAACUAUAGAUAUUUCUUGUCUGAGGUUAUUUUCUGCAAACUAGCUCGUGCUAUUCACUAUGUCAACAUGUACAUUGAAAAUCAUAUGGAUGUGCUUGGAAUGGGUAGAAGGCAAUUGCAACCAUGGAGCACGGUUGGAAGUUCAAUGCCCUACACGGAACCAGUAAUUCCAAUUCGAAUCGGCGAUUAUACCAAGACACAUAACUUACUACCCUGGAGACCAAAUAUUGGAUUUGAAAAUACAGAAGUUAUUCCCUUAGCAACAAAAUCGAUAUCGAGUCACGCACUGGAUGCGGACAAAAUGAGUACACGACCGUUAAAAUUUCCGAAUUUAAUAACGGGCUAUCAACGUAAUCCCGUUCACGCUUCGCAAGCCGCCCUUUACACGAGAUACACACCACAGGAGUGGUUUCAGAAGCAAGUGAAGUAUUACAAUGAGGCAGAUUCGCAGAGACAUUACUCCGAGAGGAUGCGGGGUGACGCUUUGAGAAUUAUGAGAAACGCCGAGGAGAAGAUACAACACGGUCAGUACGAUACCAGUCGAAGACUCGGCGAGAGAAUAAACGACGUUACAUUUUGGCGCAACGAAGUGAUAGCAGAACUUGAGAGAAUGAUUCACGAAAUCGAGAGACUUCAAGAUUGCCGAAGUGUUUUGGAAAAGGCGAUACGAGAUAUCGAAGGACCUUUGCACAUCGCAGAGGAAUGUCUCUAUCACAGAGAAGCCAGAAAAAGCACGGAACUGGUGCACGAUGACUCGGAAAAAUGUCUGCUACGAGAAGUGGAGAACUUACGGACAAACCAAAAGAGACUGGAAGCCUGUUUGGACAAGUGCAAGGAUCAAUUGCGAAACUGCAGAGCUUCGCAGAAUCAACUCGAGUUGGAUUUGAAAAACAAAGAGAGCGCCCUAGGCAUAGACACUAUUUGCCACCAGUUGAAUAAUUACAGUCAAGGAUUGCAAUAUUAUUCGGGAAUUGAAAAAUAUGAUCCGUGCGUUUCGGAGCAAGAAACUUGGGCGGAUGCGGUGAACAGGAUAGUACAAAGAUCCCAAAACGAGCGGAAUAGAUCAUGCCAAUUCCGAACCAGUGCCGAGAGUCUCAUCAAUAAAAUUGCUCACGAAAUGUGGAACUCUUGGAGCAACACCAACAACGCCUUAGCGCAACGAUCUUCCGAGUUGCUCGAGGCUAAGAACAAGCUUCAGCAACAUUUGCAGAAGGUGCAAAAAGAAAUAUUUGACGUUGAAAAGAAUUUGGACUUGAUGCGCAAAGCUAUCGCGGACAAAAGUCACGCGACCAGAGUUGCGCAUACAAGGAUGGAGGCGAGAAUGCAUCGUCCUGACAUAGAACUGUGUCGAGAUUAUGCGUACGCUAGUCUUCAGAAAGAGAUUGACGAAAUAAAUCAUCAGCUCGAACGAAUGCACAAGGCGCUGAAGGAACUCGAGAAUCAACAUCAGAAGUUGCUCAGAACUCGAACCAUGUUGGAACACGAUCUCGCGCUUAAAAUCGACGCAAUAUACAUCGACAAGGAAAAAGUGUGCGGUCUCAGACGCGCCUAUCCUGUUAACGCGUUAUUUAGAUUUUAAAAAGACAUGUACUCUCGGUGUCUUGCAUGUUCUUUCUAUGCAACCGCACACUGCCAUUUGUUUAUUACAAGAAUGUUUUUAUCUAAAAUGAAUACACUCCUAAAGAAAUUUAGGCUAUGUGGUAUUCUCCCCUUUCUCAAGCAGAGAAUUUGAAAAAGACAUAAUUUACUUCUUUGUACAAUUAACAUAAUAUAUACACAAUAUAAUACAAUAUAUUAAAGUUAGAAACAA